UUUAACAAUUUAUGUCACUUUAAACAAUAGUGUUAAAUUUAUUUGAGUUUUUAUUUUAAAAACAAUUUUUGAUAUGAGUCUAAGAAUAUUACAUUCCUAUUUUUUACUUAAUAUUGUAUACUACAUUACAAUUUUAAAAUGUUUAACUGUUAAUUUGAAUGCUACUCCGAAUAUUAAAAAACCAGAUUGCAAUACCAUAUUUUCAGAUUCAUAUUUGAAUCUAUUGAACACAAUAAAUCUUAAAUUUAAGGAAUGGUUAUUUAAUGAUAGUGACGACAUAAUCGUUCCUAUAAUUGAUCAAAAUGAUAUGCAAUACCUAAAAAUAUCAUGCCAUAAAAACAAAAACUGCAUAGAUAAAAAAAUAAUUAGUUUAAAAAACUUAGAAAAUACUUUAGAAUCUUUGGAAUGUUUUCAUGCAUUUUUAAGUCUUUACAUGUUUCAUACCAUAAGAAAUAAUAUGAAAUCAAUUUUAAAAAAACCUAAUCUAAAUAUUAACAACAAUAAUAAAAUAAAUUCGGAUAUUAAGUUUACUCUACUAAAAAAAUUUAUGAUAAAUAUGAUAUCAAUAUUUGUUGGUGGGUAUUAUAUAGUAAAACCUUGGCAGCUUGAUUUUUCAAUAAUAACUAUAAAAAUGGAGCCAUUGGAAGCCAAAAAUUUAAUUGCUACUAAAGAAGCCUGUAAUCAUAUCGACAAUGAUGCUCUAUAUUUAUCAUUGUAUAAAAUUUGCCAAGAGUGUCAAGCGAAAAAUAACUUGCCAAGAUCAUUGAAGUUUUCCGAGACAAACAGCACAGAAAUCAAAUCUAAUCAAUUAUAUCUUUCUUAUCAUCCUAAUAUUACAAAUAUACCUAAGAGAAUUUUUAGCUUUAUUCAGUAUAAUAGAUAUAUUUAUAAACAAUACAACUCUACUUCUCAACAUUUGAUAAACAAUUACGUAAAAAAGAAUGAACGAGUACCAACAAAUAUAGAUAUAUUGCAUCCAGAGUUCCAGAGAAAAAAAGAAAAUUUACUUAAUAGAUUAAAAUUAAGUGAAUCAGAAAUUAAAUCCUUUGAAAGAAAUACCGCUGACCAUUUAAAAAAUGAUAAAUGGAAGAAUAACAAAGGUUUAAGGUUGUCAUCAUCAUAUUUCGGUCGUAUUUGUUUUUUACAACCAACCACUUGUAGAGAUAAUAUUGUAAAAGCAGCAUUAAGAUCAUUUAUAAAAAUACAAAAUGAUAAUAAUACAAACGAUUAUCAAAAUAAAAAUGAAUAUUGCCAAGAAUUAGAAAAUUUAGCUAUAAAAGAAUUUGAAAAAGCAACAGAAAAAAAAGUUUUGCCAUGUGGAAUAUUUAUUGACGAAAAUUUGAACUAUUUAGUAGCGACUCCAGAUGGGAUGGUUGGAGAAAAUGAAAUUAUUGAAAUUAAAUGUCCUUAUAAUAUUCAAAAUAUGACAAUUCGUGAAGGUAUUCAAAAAAUAAAAUAUUUGUUGUUGAAUAAAAAUUCUGAUAAAAUUUGCUUAAAACGUAAUUCCCACGUUUAUUAUCAAAUACAAGGGCAACUGCAUAUUACAAAGAAGAUGAAUUGCUAUCUUGUUGUUUGGACCAAUUAUGAUAUAUAUAUAGAAAUAAUUCCUAAGAAUGACGAUUUUUGGAAUAAAAAAAUGGAGAAAAAACUGACUAAUUUCUACAUGGAUUUUAUGGUUCCAAAAAUAAUUGAGAUUGAAAAUGGUUAUGAUUGCUCCAAUUAACUUAUUUCAUAGUGUUUUGAAAAUUAAGGAUUUAUUCACUAUAUAAAAUUAAAAAUAUACCUAAGCAACUAUAUAAUAUUAAUUCAAAGUCGCAUAAACUUGGGAUCCUUCAAAAUGGCACAAACAAAAUUUGUGAUUAUUUUGCUAUUAUUAAAUGCAUAUAAUUCCUAGCUUUAGUAGUAAAUAA